AUGUUCAGCAAGAAGAAGAAACGCAUUGAAAUCUCUGCUCCCUCCAACUUCGAGCACCGCGUCCACACCGGCUACGACCAGCAAGAGCAGAAAUUCACAGGGCUGCCGCGGCAAUGGCAGGGUAUCAUCGAGGAGUCAGCCAAGCGCCCCAAGCCGCUGGUGGACCCCGUCUGCAUCACCGCCAUCCAGCACGGCUCGCAGAAGACCAUCGUGCGGGGCAGCAAAGCCGCCAAGGACGGCUCCCUGACCUGGCUGCUGGACGAGUUUGAGAACAUGUCCGUGUCCCGUUCCAAUUCUCUGCGCAGGGACAGCCCCCCCUUCCAGCCCCGCCGCGACCAGCUCUACCAGGAGAACGGCCUCUCCGAGGGCCCGGCCGCUGCCCGGCCGCACGAGGAUGCCAGCAGGAGCAAGGAGAAGAGCCGUCACGGGGCCAGGAGCGAGCUAGAGCAGGGCAAGGAGAGACCCCGGGAGAGGGAGGACCAGCGCGCCCACCACCACCACCACCAGCAGCCCCGCGGGGAGCCGGCUGCCCGGGUGGGGCGGCGGGAGCGCCCCGAGCCUGCCGACAAGCGCCCCAAAUCCACCUACGCCGGCGAGACCAGCCCGCAAUCCCCCCGGGACAAACGCCCGCUCUCCGGGCCCAAUAUCCGGACUCCCAACAUCCCCGUCUCUGAAGGGGUGAUGAAGACAGCUCAGCAGACGGGACGGCCUUUUAAUACCUACCCGCGGGCUGAGACCGACCCCGGCAGGGGCGCGGGUUCACAGGUCUCUCCCUCUUCCUCGCUCCUUCCAAGCCUGUCUAGCGCAAACCUUUCCUUCGGCAGCGCCCGGCCCCGCAGAGCACCGGCCGGGACGACCACAGGAGGUGGCAUCCAACGGGCCGGGCCACAGCAGCCCCGCUCGCCCCAACGUGAGCCCCAGCGUGUCUCCCACGAGCAAUUCCGGGCGGCCCUGCAGAUGGUGGUGGAUCCCGGAGAUCCUCGCACCUACCUGGACAACUUCAUCAAGAUCGGGGAGGGCUCCACCGGCAUCGUCUGCAUCGCCACUGUCAAGAGCACCGGCAAGCUGGUGGCCGUGAAGAAGAUGGACCUGCGCAAGCAGCAGCGGCGCGAGCUGCUCUUUAACGAGGUGGUGAUCAUGCGGGACUACCAGCACGAGAAUGUGGUGGAGAUGUACAACAGUUACCUGGUGGGUGACGAGCUCUGGGUGGUGAUGGAGUUUCUGGAGGGCGGUGCCUUGACCGACAUCGUCACGCACACCAGGAUGAACGAGGAGCAGAUCGCGGCCGUCUGCUUGGCCGUCCUGAAGGCCCUCUCCGUCCUCCACGCGCAGGGCGUCAUCCACCGCGACAUCAAGAGCGACUCCAUCCUCCUCACGCAUGACGGCAGGGUGAAACUCUCAGAUUUUGGGUUUUGCGCCCAAGUGAACAAGGAGGUGCCGCGACGGAAGUCGCUGGUGGGGACCCCGUACUGGAUGGCGCCGGAGCUCAUCUCCCGCCUGCCCUACGGCCCGGAGGUGGAUAUCUGGUCCCUGGGUGUGAUGGUUAUCGAGAUGGUCGACGGGGAGCCGCCCUAUUUUAAUGAGCCACCGCUAAAGGCUAUGAAAAUGAUCCGAGACAAUCUGCCCCCCAAACUGAAAAAUGUGCACAAGGUUUCACCCUCCCUCAAAGGUUUCCUCGACCGCAUGCUGGUGCGGGACCCGGUGCAGCGGGCCACCGCCAACGAACUCUUGAAGCACCCCUUCCUGGGCAAAGCUGGGCCCCCCUCCUGCAUCGUCCCCCUCAUGCGCCAAAACCGCAUGCGGUGA